CCUAAAACCCUUCUCCCUCCCUCUCUCUCUCUCUCUCUCUCUCUCUCUCUCUCUCUCUCUCGUUUCGCUCAGAGAAAUUUUCCCUCUUCCAGUCGCUUUCACGCUCUUUUCGCUUCCCUUAUCCAAAACCCAGAAACCAGGUUUUGAGAUCGAAGAUUCCGGGGAAACGCAAUCGCCGGUUUCUACCAGGAUUAUUUGAAUAAGAAAAGGUCUAAACUUGGGAACAAGGAAGAUGAAGUACGUGCUUGUAACGGGAGGUGUAGUGAGUGGAUUGGGCAAAGGAGUGACCGCAAGCAGUAUCGGAGUCCUUCUUAAGGCCUGUGGUCUUCGCGUUACUUCCAUCAAAAUCGAUCCUUAUCUGAACACAGAUGCUGGAACCAUGUCCCCUUUCGAGCAUGGUGAAGUGUUUGUCUUGGACGAUGGUGGUGAGGUGGAUCUUGAUCUCGGAAACUACGAGAGGUUUCUAGAUAUCAAACUGACCCGCGAUAACAAUAUUACCACCGGGAAGAUUUACCAGUACGUUCUUGAUAAAGAGAGGAAAGGAGAUUAUUUGGGAAAGACUGUUCAGGUUGUUCCUCACAUCACUGAUGCAAUCCAAGAAUGGAUUGAGAGGGUUGCAAAGAUUCCCGUGGACGGCGAGGAAGGUCCUGCCGAUGUGUGUGUCAUCGAGUUGGGCGGAACUAUCGGAGAUAUCGAGUCCAUGCCCUUUAUCGAGGCCCUUGGCCAAUUCUCCUACCGUGUAGGCCCUGGAAACUUUUGUUUGAUCCACGUCAGUCUCGUGCCUGUGCUCAAUGUUGUCGGUGAACAGAAAACGAAACCUACUCAGCAUAGUGUUCGUGGGCUACGUGGAUUGGGUUUGACACCGAAUAUCUUGGCUUGUCGGAGUACCAAGGCACUCGACGAGAAUGUGAAAGCCAAACUAUCUCAGUUUUGCCAUUGUCCGACUCAGAAUAUCUUCACUCUCUAUGAUGUUCCCAACAUUUGGCAUAUCCCUUUGUUGCUAAAGGAACAGAAGGCUCAUGAGGCACUCUCAAAAGUGCUUAACCUUGCUGGUAUCACUAAAGAACCGUCAUUGGAGGAGUGGACUGCCAGGACUAAUAUAUGUGACAACUUGCAUGUGCCGGUGAGAAUCGCUAUCGUGGGGAAAUAUACAGGACUCUCCGAUGCCUAUCUCUCGGUCUUGAAGGCACUCUUGCAUGCUUCUGUUGCUCGCUGGAUAAAGCUCAUUGUUGAUUGGGUUCCAGCCUGUGAUCUUGAAAAGCCCACCGAAAAAGAGAAUCCAGAUGCAUACAAGGCUGCAUGGAAGUUACUUAAGGGUGCAGAUGGAAUUCUUGUCCCGGGAGGAUUUGGUGAUAGAGGAGUCGAAGGAAAGAUUCUUGCAGCAAAAUACGCCCGGGAAAACAGAAUUCCGUACCUUGGUAUCUGUCUUGGUAUGCAGAUAGCUGUCAUCGAGUUUGCACGGUCAGUUCUUGGCUUGCACGAUGCAAACAGCACAGAAUUCGUUCCCGACACAAAAAAUCCAUGCAUCAUAUUCAUGCCUGAGGGCUCGAGAACUCAUAUGGGAGGAACUAUGCGCCUGGGAUCGAGAAGAACCUUUUUUCAUGUAAAGGACAGCAAAUCCGCUAAACUAUAUGGAAACAAGAGCUUUGUUGAUGAGAGGCAUCGCCACAGAUACGAGGUGAAUCCUGAUAUGGUUGCCCGCCUGGAGAAGGCCGGUCUAUCUUUUACCGCAAAAGAUGAAACUGGAAAACGGAUGGAGAUCGUCGAAAUUCCGACUCACCCCUUUUUCGUCGGUGCUCAAUUCCACCCCGAGUACAAAUCCAGACCCGGGAAAGCUUCUCCCUUGUUCUUAGGACUGAUCGCAGCAUCAUGUGGGGAGCUAGAUGCACUCCUUCAACCGGGUUCUGUACACCAAGACAGCAACCAUCAUCAUCAUCAUCUGGUAGGGAAUGGAACGGCGGAUCCUGUUAGUGUCUACUGCAAAGGAACCGCCAAGAAAUCUCCAAACGUGUUGGGAGAUGCAGUAAGAUAUAACGGCUACUGCAAUGGCAUCUACACCAAGUAUGCAAUUGAAUGAAUCUCUCUCUCUCUCUCUCUCGGUUUGGCCUUUUGGACGGAUUCAAGGAUUAAACUUUUAGAGCAAGUAAUUGCCUUAAACUUGGUAGUUACCGUGGUUUGGUCUUAGGAUUUUUCUCUGUACAGUUUGAUUCAAGAUUUGUCAGAUUUCAGACACAGCAGAAGAGUUUCUUGAAGAACGUAGAAUCUCUGAAAUCACGGUCGAUCCCCAGAUUUUUUUUUUUAAAAUUUUCUCAAAAGGGGAUGUCAGUAGUAUAUGUAUUGUCGAACGGUUUGUAUUACGUUUGGCCUUAAAUUUCCCAUCUUUUAUUCGAUCA